AUGCCACCAACACCAGCAACUGCUUCGAAAGGAGCCAAGAAGGCUUCCAAGGCUAAGGCCUCUCGCCCUACCGGCGACAAGAAGCGAAAGAAGAAGAGGAAGGAAAGUUAUUCCAUCUACAUCUACAAAGUAAUGAAACAAGUCCACCCCGACACUGGCAUCUCCAGCAAAGCUAUGUCCAUCAUGAACAGUUUUGUCAACGAUCUGUUCGAAAGAAUAGCCUCUGAAUCUAGCCGUUUGGCUCACUACAACAAACGUUCAACCAUCAGUAGCCGUGAGGUUCAGACUGCUGUCCGUCUUCUCCUCCCUGGUGAGUUGGCCAAGCACGCAGUCUCUGAGGGUACCAAGGCUGUCACCAAGUACACUAGCAGCAAGUAAAUCUUAGUCUUUGCUCUGCGAAUAACGGUCCUUUUCAGGACCACCUAUGUUCUCAUGAUUGUUACUUUCGACUUUCUAUUGAUUUGCGUUUGUAUUUGUAAAGUGUCUU